AUGCAAAGAAUCCAGCGUUUGACAACACGCCGUUGGCUAUCGAAUUUUUACGCUCUAUUUCCUAAGACAUUUCCAAAUGCAAACCCCACAUUUAAGAUAGAUCAGGCAAAACUACGCAAGGAAUAUAGAUCUUUACAAGCGAUUGUUCACCCGGACGUGCAAGAAGCCUCUAGUAUUGAUCCCACCAAUGCAGAAAAUCUUACCAGCGCCUCUUUAAAUAAGGCCUACACUACACUGAAAGAUCCUUUAAAAAGAUCAGAAUAUAUCUUGAAAUUAAAAAAUUUCAAAUUAUCUCCUGAAGCCCUAAGUAAUCAAUCACUGCUGAUGGAAGUUAUGGAAACCCAUGAGAUUUUACAGAAUUGCGAUGAUAAAAAUGAAGCCGAUCAAAUAAAUGAAAUAAAUUCCAAGAGGAUUAACCAAUUAAUUGAAAAAAUUGACAUUGCUUAUAAGGAUAAUGACUUUGAAAAUGCAGCAAAAUGGACUACUGAACUGCGGUAUUGGAAAGGAAUAGAAGCUGCUAUAAAAGAUUGGCAACUUGAGUAUUUGGAAAAUCAAGGGUAA